CCUUCAUUCCGACGCCCUUCUUCCUUUUGCCCCGGAAGCGGCGCUCCCGUCUCCAGGAAGUGACGUCAUGCCGUCUCCUCCUCCCUUCCUCCCUCCCCGGUGAUGGAGGAAGAGGAGGUCGCGGUGGAAAAGAUGAAGCAGUUCCACGGCGGCGUCAGCGUGGGCGUGGGGAGCGGGAUAGGGCUGGACCCCGAGCGGUGCCGCUUCCCCUACUGCGUCGUGUGGACGCCCAUUCCCGUGCUCACGUGGCUCUUCCCCAUCAUUGGUCACAUGGGCAUUUGUACCUCAGCUGGAAUCAUCCGGGACUUUGCAGGGCCUUACUACGUCUCUGAAGACAACAUGGCUUUUGGGAAGCCUGUGAAAUACUGGAAGCUGGAUCCCAGCAAAGUGUAUUCCUGUGGUCCUAAUGCUUGGGAUACUGCGGUGAAUGAUGCCUCCGAGGAGUACAAGCACCGCAUGCACAACCUCUGCUGUGACAACUGCCACUCCCACGUAGCUCUGGCCUUAAAUCUCAUGCGAUACGACAACAGCACCUCCUGGAACAUGGUCAAGCUUUGCUUCCUCUCUCUGCUGUAUGGAAAGUAUGUGAGCUUAGGGGGCUUUGUGAAGACUUGGCUUCCCUUCAUCCUCUUCUUGGGGAUUAUCCUGACAGUCAUUCUGACCCUUCACUUGCGGUGAUGGAUGACACCAACCUCCCCAUCCUCUUUGGAAGACAAGUGGUGAAAACUGUGGGUGUUCAAUCCAGGAAGGCGCGGAGCUGCUUGGCCUGAAAACACUUGGGAAGGAAGUCCAUUUUUGCUUUCUUAGAACAACUCUCCUUUUUAUCCUGUGGGGCUGGUAUUCUCCAGUAAUUUAAAAAUGUCUUUUUAAACAUUCUUGCCUUCAAACACCCAGGGGCCGGGGGCAAACCACUGCACCCUGCUUCUCGCCAAAGCUCCCCUUAGAAUGAAGGCUCUGCUGUAGAAAGAUACAUCCCCGGACUUUGCUUUGCAGGACAUGCAGUGAGGGUUUAACUCCCCUCGCAAGUAGGUAUGAGGGGCUGAUUCCUGAUAGCACUUGUGCAAAGGGGCGCUCUCUGCCACUCUGCAUAUAGGUGGGGUCGGCUGAUCGGGUUAUGCCUGCUUACACGUUGAUAGGGAAAGGGAAUUUGCAAUAUUGUUAGUAACAUUUCUCCGAUUGCCACAUACCUCUGUAUUGGCACUCUCAAAAUGAAAAGAAAGCCCCCGUUGUGCACACAGACAGGGGAGGAUGUUGUGCCCAGAGUAGGUUUACCUUCCAUUUCUGCACUUGCAGCUGGUACUUCAUCACAGCACAAGGCUCUGUGCUGUUAUGGCCCCUCGUUGGUUGCAGAGGGAGUGGAUUCAUUACAUGGUGUUCUUAGGGAAAUGUCAUUCUUCUAAAGCAGCUGAGUCUUCUCCGUCUCCCUCCAGCUCAUGCUGUCGCUGGCAAAAUCAUCAUUGGUGUUGCCCUUGAGCUGUCCUUGGCUCAGCCUUUGAGAGUCUGUCAGACAUUCCGGCCCUCUUCAUCGAACUCCAGUUCCCAGAGUUCCAUGAGGGAACCAGACACAGCCCCGAGAGUCAAACUCAGAAGCACUGCAUUUCACCUGGGAAGACUCGAGAAGCACUCAGCGGUACAGAGGAAUGCCUGGUUUUCCUGCCAAGGGACAGAAGCUAGAAGCUGUAGACCAGCAUGAAGUCUCUUCUGAGAAGGAGGAGGAAGAAGAGCAUAGAAGAAAAGCUUUUUAGGCCCACACUCUCCAGGAUUAUUUCCAGGUUGCCUAGAAGCAGCUGGAAAUGUGUCCUUUUCCCCCAGUCACAGAAGCCCUCGAUUCUGGCUCGAGGUCUUGCCCAUGUGGUGAUGCAAAAUUCUAGGAAGAGGGCAGAAGAGGCUGUUUUAGGUUGCUCCCCUUUCUCUCCCCCCCCCCGCCCACUUCCCAGUGCUAGUCUCUCUCCUUUAAUACUGUGUCAGGAGCCUCCAGCGCUUUGCAGUGUGCUACAGAGCGGCAUAUUCUCUCUGUGCGUGUUACAUCUGGGGCUGGGCCAAGACCUCUUGUGCUGCAUUCAGCCAUUUCAAGCACGACAGCAGCUGUAGAAAACCUAAUCAAUAAGCUUGAGGCUGUUUAGAGAUCAAAGGUCUUACAUCAAAGUGAGUGUGAGUGGCGGUCCAUCAGUCGAACCCUGGGCUGUUUAGCUUACUACCCAGCAGGGCUUCUCGGGUUUUUUUGUGGAGCUAAUAGGCCAAGCCUACUGAAUAAGAAAGCUUUCUCUCCGCUCCCCCCGCCACCCCCCUUAUCUUGACUUGCCAAAAAGAGCUCCAGGAAGGAGAAAUUCCCAGACCUGGUGCUCAAAGCCAACUUGCUACAGUAGCGUAGGUGUUAGUCCAGGUUUUUGAGUCAAUUAAAACGUGCUUUCCUGACAUCAUGCAACUGAACAAGCAUUGCCAAAAUCUGAUGCUAGCACUGGUGGUAGGAGGAGCAGGAUGGUAGAAACGCCCUUGCUGGUCAAUGACCGAAUAAACUUAUAACCUAACCCUUCUCUGCGCACACCCUGCCCUCCCCCCUCCACUCCCCAGCCGCCUUUUGUGCUCUCACAAUGUGUGUUUUAAUGUUUGUGUUCUUGAAUAGGCUGGCUAGAGGGAGAGAGAGGAGCACAAACUGGAGGAGAGUAGGAAUAAAUUUAGUGGGCCGAACACGCUGAGUGCUAACUUUGAGGCUGCCGUUGCAGAUCGAUGUGGGAUUGUUUCGCUCUUCCUGGGUCUUGAGCCUUGGCAGUAGGGUUGAGCGUCAGAUGCUCCAAUGCCCAUGAACUUACACCCUUCCUCCCCUGCUGCCAGGAUGGCCAUCUCCAUGCAGUUCCUCACCUUUCCCGUGGGGGGCUCUUUUACUGAAUCGGGAUUGUGUGGGGCUGGUCAGGAAGGCACACGGGGACAUCGGGAUGUCUGAUAGGCAGCCCUACUCAGCAUGUUGUUGCUAAGGGGUGAUGAUAGUGGGCAUAGCUGUGUGGCUAGCUGCUGCCCUUCCUUGGCAAGUUACAGGCCUUCUGCUGUAAGCGGUUAAGCUGCUGCCAAUCAUCUUUUCCCACCCCUUGUGACAAAGCCGUGGGCCAGUUCCUUCACUAUGUCCAUAGGUGGCAGGUACUGUGUGACCAGAAAAGCUUCUGAAAGUAGGUUGGCACUCACGUGACCCCUUCACCACAAGCCCACAUCCAUCUCAGCUGUUGAACUGCAACUCCCAUCAUCCCCAUGCAUGAUGAUGGGGGUUGUAGUUCACCAGCAGCGGGAAUGCCAAAGGUUGCCUAGUCCUGCUCUGAUGAACGAAUUGGUCCUCCAUUUUCAAUACCUGCCUAGGAACUGCCAUGUGGUGCUGUUGGUGAGAGUUGCAACAUUCCCAGGUAAAAGGCAUUUCUGUGUGGGGACUGGGGAAAUCCUGAGUAUUUGCCAAAGAUCACUGUGCAGCAACUCUACACAUGGUUUAUAUCUGCGUGGAAAUGCCUUCAAAGCAGCGAUUUGGUAGGAUGCAAAGUCCUCGAGGAUUCCCUCUUUGCUUUGAUACCUCUUUCUUGGAGGCUCCUUCGUGCUUGCUGCAUUUGGGUCUGUGUGCCACUUUCCCUUUUUUGAGGCCUCUUGAGUUUCAUUGAUUUGCCAUGUGGGGGUUCUCCUUCCCCCUCCUCCUCCCCCCUUGGCUGGUGAUUAGCCAGAUGGGCCUCUGUCCUCUUAGAGUUGGUUCUCCGGGGGUGCUGGUUUCCUUUGUACAUGCUGAACUCUGCUGCUGUGAUUUCAUAAUCCUGAUGAUGGUGAAAAAUAAAUGCAUUUCUGUGUA